AGCUUCUCCAAGGUUGCACAGCAGUUCGCAUUCAAUUCAACCUCUCCUACACUUAACCCAAUCACUUCUAACAAUCUCUCUCUGCCAAAACUCAAUCAUGUCCGACGCUCCCCCAUUUCCCUCUCCAGUAAAGCGCUGGCACGACAAGUCUCAGCCCGCCGGCGAUCCUAGCCUUCCAGCUCUCUCUCAGAAAGGCAAAUCGAUUCUUGUAACUGGUGGAGGCAACACUGGCAUUGGAGGAGAGACAGCUCGCUACUUUGCCCGUGCAGGUGCUGCGCGUAUUGGUCUCAUAGGACGUCGCGAAGGCCCUCUGCUCGAGAACAAAGCUGCCAUUGAGAAGGAGUGCCCUGGCACAAAGGUCUUCAUUCAGAGCGCUGACGUCACCGAUGAGGCUUCAGUCAAUUCCGCUUUCGACAAUUUCGCCAAGGACGGAAAGAUUGACACACUCAUUCAUGCCGCUGCUGCAAUCGGACCCAAGGAGAACUUUACCGACGUCGACGCGCGCGAGUUCCUCAAAGGCAUCACCGACAACGUCGAAGGCUCCUUGUGGGUCGCCAAGGCCUUCAUCCGCAAUGCUGCGUCUGAUGCGCAUGUCGUCGCGAUCAACUCAUGGGGAUCUCAUUUGAGUCUCAACGACGCCUUUGCCUCCUACUGUGUUGCCAAGAUGGCUGUUUACCGUUUGUGGGACACUGUGCUUCUCGCCAACCCCAACCUUAGCGUCUUCCACACUCAGCCCGGUGUUGUUCUCACUGAGAUGAACCUCACUGUUGGUGGUGCAGACAGCUUCAAAAACGUCAAGACCGAUGAUGUUACUCUCCCAGCAAGCUUCAACCUCUGGCUCUCAACCCCAGAGGCUCGCUUCCUCAAGGGCAAGUUCUUGUGGUGCAACUGGGAUAUCGAAGAGCUCAAGUCUCGCGCCAAAGAGAUAGAGUCCGGACGACUCCUCAAUCUCGACCUCAACGGCUGGCCUUUUGCGUCUGCUUCCAGCUGAAAAACGUCAUCAAGUACGUGCCAUCGAUCUUGAGCAGACACAGAAUACUGAAAGGGAGGGUUCAUGGCAAAGAGAGGCGCCACUUGUUCUACACGAGCAUGUAGCCAAGCUUCAUAUAGCCUACAGUGAACGGCAAUACAUAGAGAUCAAUUCAAAAUAUUGAACUCCUACGUUUCAUUUCAAUCUCUAGUACUCAACUUCACCAGUCAUGCUCUUAUCAUUCGUGAUAAAUCGUCAUAAGCGAUGCAUGCCACUAUCAACCUUUCAAGCGCGCCUCAAUCGUCGCUUGAACCGGGUUGACUGUUAACCGCCAGAUCUUCACAAUUUCCAGUCCAACUGCAUCAAGUAGCUCAAUCCACUGCUCCUCUGUCCUCUCGAUCCCUCCCUCCAUAAACAUGUUGAGGUCCAUGAAGUAAGGCAUGGGGUCUGACCCUGCAGUCACGGUCGAUGGCAAAAUCAUUUCGCCAAUCAGCACCCGAGAAUCUGGUUCCAUAGCACCGACGAUUUGUCGCAGAAUAAUUUCGCUUAGAACAUCGU